UGUCAGGUUUGUUUUGGAAAGGACAGCAGAAGUUUUCUAGCCUUGAAAAGCUGUGCAUUAGUUGCUGGUCCUUGUUAAUUUAUUCCUUCAGGAGGGAUGGCUACUAAAAGUGUGAGGUCUGAAGGCGAGAAGCGAUCAUACGAGUUUGACGACAUUUUUGAACAUGUGUCAUCUUUUGGAAGAUACCAGAAAAUCUUGUACUUCUGUACUUGUUUGAUGGUUUUCCCUGUAGCAAAUCAGUUUUCCUUGCUAGUAUUUGGUUUUGGUACUCCUGGCUUCCACUGUGUCACGCCAAAUGUCACGUGUGAUCCAAAGAAAUGUUGUGACGGAUGUACGUCAUACGCGUUUGACGGACCAUUUCAUAGCACUGUGUCAGAGUGGAACCUAAUAUGUGACCGCGCAUUCCUGGGCGCUACUAUUCAGUCUUGUUUCUUCGCUGGAAUGUUGGUUGGUUCAAUUGUGACCGGGAUUUUGUCCGACGCCUGGGGCCGAAAGAAUUGCAUUUUUAUUUGCAACGCUGUCAUGGUUGUUACAGGAUUCAGUUCAGCGUUUGUUCAUUCCAUCCCUCUGUUUGCUGUUCUUCGGUUCAUGGUUGGUUUUGGGCUGACGGGAGUUAUGCUAUCCCAUUACAUUUACCUCUUGGAGUUGGUUGGACCGAAAACAAGAACAGCUGCUGGCAAUAUGAGUUAUUUUUACUACAAUGGUUUUCAGAUGUUGUUUGUCCUGAUCGCUUAUUUUGAACGUGAUUGGAGAAAUCUGCUAAUGAUUGUUACUCUGCCAGCAGUGUUGCUGUUUCCUUUUUGGAAAUGUAUUCCAGAAUCCCCUCGAUGGCUCAUUGCCCACGAUCGUCUGGACGAAGCUCAAUCUAUCAUCAAGCGUUUCGGAGUCAAAAAAGGCAAACCUGUAGACUCAGGGGAGUUAAGGGCGCUCUUGGAGAAUGUAAGAAGAGACCAGUUAGAACGACAACGAGAAGAAAAGAAAUACUCACCGAUGGACUUGUUUCGCACUCCAAAGCUGAGAAAAUGGACAGCAAUCAUCUGCUAUCAGUGGUUUGUCGUGGCACUCGUCAGUUUCGGGAUGUUUAUAUUCAUCUCUCAACUGGUUGGUAAUCUUUACGUUAAUUACACCGUAAUGGAGAUUAUUACAGUCCUCAGGAUACCAGUCACUUGGAUCCUGUACUUAAAAUUUGGCCGCCGUAUUUGCCAUAGCAUCAUCAUGAUCUUGGUUGGAGUCACGUUCUUACUGGUUUUACUGGUGCAUAAAGAAUCCCCUGUGGCGACCACAGUACUGUCUCUCUUUGGAUUCCUUCUGAUUGACUGCACUUGGACAAGUAUUUAUCUGAUGACUUCUGAACUUUUUCCGACCGUGCUGAGGAACACAGCUCAAGGAACAGGAUCUACAAGCGCUCGAGUUGGUGGAAUUUUAGCUCCAUAUGUCGCUUUGAUGGGGCAGUUACCAGGUCUCAGCAUUGCGUUUCCAGUGGCCAUUUUCGGCGUGGUUGCAACUCUUGCUGGGAUAUUGAUGUACUGGAUUCCAGAGACGCUCUUCUCAUCAAUGCAUCAAACCAUCGAGGAAACGGAAGCGGCCGAAGAUGAUUAUGGAAUACCUUGUUGUGGCAAAAAAAAACAGUCUCCCAGACCUAAAUCACGCCAAGUAAUAUGGCUUUAAAAUUAGGAUAGAAGUAACCGUCGCUGGUGCUGAAUGCAUUCCAAAGUCCCUUUACCUACCGUUUUUGAGUUAUUGUAAUUAAUCUAUCACGAGAACUUUUCUUUUCAUAGCGUCGGUAAUCCAAAACGCCCCAUUUAUGCUGACUUGUGAGCAGGCUCCACACAAAUCCAGGAAAUAGUAACACAUUAAAAGAGGCCUGGCCGUUAAAAAUUGUCCUUUUAAAAAUUUUGAUUUAAGAAGCGACGACGACGAAAUCGCUAAUUUUGAGACAGCGUCUCCCAAAACCAAAUAGACUCUUCAAAAUUUUUUUAUGAUUUCUGUGAUACUCUUAACAAUGGGCGAACACAAGUAACUUUCAUCUCGGCUUCUUUCAAAUGGCAGGUGAAUGACGGGAUUUUAGAGUUGUGAAAUGUUGAGAGGCGGGACAACCACUUAUUCUUUUUCUGGGUCUUUUCUACCUCAAGGAACCACAUCAGCUCCAAACAUUUAAUAUUAAUUGAUAUACUUAUUUGUCCUUCCUGCCCUUUCUGCCCCUCUGAGAUUCAAAAUAUACGUCAGUUGUUUAUUAGCUGCGCUCAAGCGUCUUCUUUUUGGGAUAAGUUCCAAAGUUGGUAUUCUACCGUAAGCGAAUGCGAGUUUACUUCUCUCCGAGCCAGAGGUGUUAUCUGGAAUUACUCGUCCCUGUGCGCACCGUUUGAACCUCAAAAACCUCAUAUGCCAAGCAAAUAUUUUUUUUAUAUAUCAACGCACUAAAUAGUACUAUGUGCGUUUUCAGCGACUUCAUCUCAUUAGUGCAGGAUAAAAUCGAGAUAGGAAAAUAUAUUGCUGCCACGUUGAAUGGUGAAAGGGAAUUUCGACAGAAGUGGAAAUCCUUUCUGCCCAGUUAAGGGACGUCUUUUAUUAAUUCGUUGCGAGUUUAUUUCUUUUUCUUCUGUAAGUAAUUACAUUGUAUUGUAAGUCCUCAAGUAACGUAAUUUGCAACCAAGUUAUGCCAUGUACUAUAAAUGAUGUUCGCAAAUAAGUAAUUAUUGCGUAUUGUAAGUUAGUAAGCAAGUAACGUAAUGCAAAGUAUUGUAAGUAGGUUUUUUCAUGUAUUGUAAGUAAUGUUUGUAAGUUAUUAAAAGCAUUAAUUAAAAUAAAAGGCACGCAAUGCAUGCAGAAGCGAUGACGUUUAAAAAUUGCUCCUAGAAGAUUGGAACAUGAGCAGACAAAGUGAUUAUUAAACUUUUGGGUUAGAAAUUCUAGGGGUUAACAUUUAGGGUAGUCAUUGGUGGUUCAUUCAAGUAAUUCAUGUACCAGGUCCAUCUUGCUAGUCCAUGUACUCGUACUAAGGGUCAGCGAAAUGUACAAACCCAAAUAAAAAGCACUUCGCUGAAAAGUUCCUCUCU